AUGUCAGGUCCACUUGAUCGAUUCGCAAGACCAUGUUUCGAGGGAUUCUUGAGCAGUGAUGAGAAAAAGGAACGGAAGUCUGACUUUGAGAACUCUGAGGAUGAGAGGAGAACCAGGAUCGGUUCUUUGAAGAAGAAGGCCAUUAAUGCAUCCACCAAGUUCAAGCACUCUCUCAAGAAGAAGAGCGGGAGGAGAAAGAGUGAUGGCCGGGUGAGUUCUGUCUCCAUCGAGGAUGUCAGGGAUGUCGAGGAGUUACAGGCCGUUGAUGCGUUUCGACAUGCGUUGUUGAUUGACGAGCUGCUUCCUAGUAGGCAUGAUGACUAUCACAUGAUGUUGAGGUUCUUGAAGGCGAGGAAGUUUGACAUUGAGAAAGCAAAACAUAUGUGGUCUGAUAUGAUUCAGUGGAGGAAAGAGUUUGGCACUGACACUAUUCUUCAGGAUUUUGAUUUCGAAGAGAUUAACGAAGUUUUGAAGUAUUACCCACACGGUUAUCACGGUGUUGAUAAAGAAGGCAGGCCCAUUUACAUUGAAAGGCUGGGGAAAGUUGAUCCUAACAGACUCAUGCAAGUUACUAGCAUGGAUCGGUAUGUAAGAUAUCAUGUAAAGGAGUUUGAGAGGAGCUUUAUGAUCAAGUUUCCUUCUUGCACUAUUGCUGCAAAGAAACAUAUUGACUCCAACACAACUAUUCUAGAUGUUCAGGGAGUGGGAUUGAAAAACUUUACCAAGUCUGCUCGGGAGCUUAUCACACGAUUACAAAAGAUCGAUGGGGACAAUUAUCCUGAGACGCUCCACCAAAUGUUUAUCGUCAAUGCAGGGCCUGGAUUUAGGCUGCUCUGGAAUACUGUGAAGGGCUUUAUAGACCCCAAAACAUCUUCUAAAAUUCAUGUCCUUGGAUACAAGUACCAGACCAAAUUGCUUGAAGUGAUUGAUGUCAACGAGUUGCCUGAGUUCUUGGGAGGCGCAUGUACUUGCGCGGAUCAAGGUGGUUGCAUGCUUUCUGACAAGGGACCUUGGAAAAACCCAGAAAUUGUGAAGAUGGUGCUUCAUGGGGGAGCACAUAGGGCGAAGCAGGUGGUGAAAGUUUUGAACAGUGAGGGGAAAGUCAUUGCUUACGCAAAACCAUCAUAUCCAUGGAUAAAGGGCAGUGACACUUCCACUGCAGAGUCAGGAUCUGAUGCCGAAGAUAUCGGAUCUCCAAAGGCUAUAAAGAGUUUCUCUCAUCUCCGCUUGACACCUGUUCGUGAAGAGGCAAAGAUAGUGGGUGAAACAAGCUUGGCCGGUGGUCUUCUGGGCUAUGAUGAGUAUGUACCAAUGGUUGACAAAGCCGUUGAUGCAACCUGGAAUGUGAAACCCGCCAUCCAGAGAGUGGCCUCAAAAGGGGAUUUAAUGUCUCCCACCGUUCCAAAGGACCACCCUGAAGGCAUCCGAGCUCGAGUCCUUAUAAUGUUCAUAGCACUUGUGAUGACGAUUUUCACAUUCUUCCGCACAGUACCUUUCCGUGUGAUCAAGAAACUUCCUGCUUCCCAGCCACAAACCGAAGGAAACGCAACAGAACUCGGUACUAACGGUGAAGUAGUAGCAACAACUAAAGAGGAGUCUCGACCUCCUUCCCCUGUACCAAAUCUCACAGAAGCAGAGCUCCUAACUUCUGUGAUGAAGAAACUAACCGAGCUAGAGGGAAAAAUCGGGACGCUCCAAACAAAGCCUAAUGAGAUGCCAUACGAGAAAGAGGAACUACUAAACGCAGCUGUGUGCAGAGUAGACGCACUUGAAGCAGAGCUCAUAGCUACUAAGAAAGCUCUUUACGAAGCUCUGAUGAGACAAGAAGAGUUGCUUGCUUACAUUGACCGUCAAGAAGAAGCUCAAUUCCAGAAGAUGAAGAAGAAGAAGCAUCUCUUUUGCUUUUAG